AUGGAAGAGUUGCAGCAAAACCAAAUGAACUCUUCAGUAGAUGGCAAUAGAAUGGCUUCAGAAAACUCAUCAUUAAUAAACUACAGAUUAGAUCAACAAAGAUUAUCAGUGCGAGUCUCAGUUGAAGAAGCCAUGAUUAGCAGCUAUCAGGGAUCUAAGUAUAUAUUAGGAGUAUUUUCUUUUGUAUGCAUUGGCAAACUAACAGCCUCAAUUCUAAUUUUAAGCUUCUGCAACACGAAAACCUCUGAGCCUCUUGAUAUUUAUAUAAAAGGAUGCAUUUUCAUUGAUAUUUUGAAUAUGAUGGUUUUAAUUGCUAAAAUUCUUAUGUCGUUUUCAAUUGUGCCUCAGCUAUUUAAAAUUGCUACAAGCUAUCUUGAUUUUUUUAUUGGACUGUAAUUGAUAUUCAGAGUUUAUAUCGCAUGGUUUUCUCUUGGAAAUUUGUGGUUCUACUCAUGUGAUGAUUGUUUUGAUGAAGCUCCUGAGCUGACUAUACUCUCACUUGUUUACAUUGUGAUGGGGUGUUUUUAUCUGUGCAUGCCUAUGAUGCUAAUUUGCUGUCUAUGUAUGUGCAUUCCUAUUAUCAUUCUAUUAUUAGUUGUGGUUGACACAAGAAACCAGAAUCCUGCAACAGAUGAGAUGAUAAGAAGGCUCGCUGUGGAAGAUUAUAACCCAAAUCAACAUAUAGGAGAAAGAAGCUGCGCAAUAUGCUCAGACGAAUUUAGAAAUGGAGUCAAAAUCAUAGCUUUAUCAUGCGAUUCAAGACAUAUUUUUCAUGAAAACUGUAUAAAAACUUGACUGAGAGUAAAUUCAAUCUGCCCACUCUGCAGAGUACCUAUUGUGUAA